UAUUCCUUGCAAUCUAGUUCCAUGCUCCCUCCUCGAAUUCACGCCAUCUCUCUUCCUGCUUUCUCGGCGCUUUAGUCCUACCCAAUUUGCCAAAGCCGUCAGGAACCUCACGCUCCGUCGAUCAUCAUAUAAGGCUCUCUUUGACUUGUUUCCUUUGCUGGCAUUCGUCUUGUUGGGUCCUCGACAGGCAACGUUUUUCAAGGUUCGCAGGGACAUUUCAUCAUGGCGAAUGAGAAAGAGAAGCUAAUCUUGGUUGACAAAACCAGAAAUGGAAUUGCAACUAUUACUAUUAACAGGCCACAAGCGCUUAAUGCGCUCACUCGUGACAUGCUCGUGACUCUAGCUUACUCUUUCACCCGACUGGACGAGGAUCCUGAUGUCAAGGUUAUAAUUCUUACAGGAGCUGGGAGAGCUUUCUCCGCUGGAGUGGAUUUAACAGCAGCUUCAGAUGUGUUCAAGGGUGAUGUCAAGACUGAAGCGACCGACACUCUAGCUCAAAUGCAAAAAUGUCAUAAGCCUAUAAUUGGUGCUAUUAAUGGUCACUGUAUCACAGCAGGCUUCGAGAUUGCUUUAGGGUGUGAUAUUUUGGUGGCUAGCACUGCCGCCAAAUUCAUUGACACGCAUGCCAAAUUUGGAAUUUUUCCAUCUUGGGGUUUAUCUCAGAGGUUGCAACGCGCUAUAGGGCCUUACAGAGCACGGGAAGUCUCCUUAACAGCUACAGCGUUAGAUGCACAAACGGCGGAGAAAUGGGGUCUAGUGAACCGUGUGGUUGCUCCCUCAGAGCUUUUAGGUGCAGCGAGGGGCAUUGCAGAGGCUAUUCUUAAGAAUAAUGAAGGUCUUGUUUUGAAGUAUAAGGCUGUCAUCAAUGACGGCUUUAAGCUCCCCCUUGGCGAGGCAUUGAAGCUUGAGCAGGAGAGGGGGCAUGAAUAUUAUGCCAAUAUGAAGCCGGAGGAGUUUGCUGCAAUGCAGGAGUUUAUCGCCGGGCGAUCUUCAAAGCAGUCGAAACCUAAGUCAAAGCUUUAGAAGACGAGAAUCACACUCGUAAGAAGUAGGCACAAAUAAUCUAAGUUGGGUUAGCGCCGAUUACCAAUGUGAUAAAAGUUUGAUGAGAAAAAAAAACAUCUCGAUUUUAGAGUAUGCUUGCUAACCUUCGGUAGAUAAUCUAGUUGCAAUUCAUAUACUUUCCCAAACUUCACUGUCAUAAAGGAGCUCUGUUUCUGUUUCUGGGAGCGUUACAUGCUUGCCUGUAAAAAGAUAACCCUAUUCAAUAUUGCUUAGAUCCUCACAUAUUUCCCGACA